UUAUACUUUUCUCAGUUUUCUGGCUAAUUUUCAAAGUGUGUUUGGUGUAGCGUUUUGUUGAUUUUGUUCGGAGUUUGAUCAUUGAUCCUUUUGGAAAACGUGGUGUUAAGGGAACGUUUCUGAGACUUGAUUGUGAAGCGAUAAGUAUCGGAGCUUGCUUGGAAGUGAAAAGGCAUCGCGUCUCUUCCCGUUGAAAAUUCGGCGGAGAUUUCAAAACCGGAGACAGUCAUGGCAGUUACGAAGACAGCAGCGAGUACCGCGGCGGCAGCACAGUUGGAACGCGCUCAAACUCUUUCAAAGACCCAGCCUAAAGAGGCGUUUGACAUUUUGAACGCCUUGGUUCGCUUGGACGUUGAUAUGAAGGAUGAGGAAAGCGUCAGAAUAAAGGAGCAGAGCAUCAUCGAACUGGGAAAGUUGCUCUCCAGGGGAAAGCAUGUUCUCGAGCUUCAAGAAUUAAUCAAAUUCAGCCGCCCCUUCCUCAACAUGAUCAGCAAGGCGAAAGCAGGAACAUUGGUGCGUGCGCUGGUGGAUUACUAUUUGGAUAUGAAUAUGGAUACUGUCUCCGAGAUUGAAUUAUGCCGAGAAUGCAUUGAAUGGGCAAAAAACGAGAAACGAACGUAUCUGCGCCAGGCACUUGAGGCUCGAUUGCUGAACUUAUACUAUGACAAAAGCCGAUAUCAAGAGGCGCUCCAACUGGCCAGUGUGUUGCUGAAGGAACUGAAGAAAGUCGAUGACAAACAGCUGCUGGUCGAUGUUCAGCUGAUUGAAAGUAAAACGUUUUUCGCACUGGGAAACUUGCCUAAAUCACGUGCGGCUUUGGUUACCGCUCGCACUACCGCCAAUGCCAUUUAUUGUCCACCCCGGAUGCAAGGCCAGCUCGAUCUCCAGUCCGGGAUUAUCCACGCCGCGGAGGAUGUCGACUUUCGCACCGCGUAUUCAUAUUUUUAUGAGUCAUUCGAAGGCUUCGACGGAAUUGACGAUAAGCGCGCAAUUACGGCGCUGAAAUAUAUGCUGCUUUCGAAGAUCAUGCUUAAUUCACCGGAAGAUGUGAAUAUCAUUGUUGACGGAAAGUUGGCCUUAAAGUACGUCGGGAAGGAUGUGGAAGCUUUGAAAGCUGUUGCCAGAGCCAGCUCCGAUCGGUCUUUAUCUGAUUUCCAGAAAGCUUUGGAGACGUUCAAAGAACAACUGGUCGAUGAUCCUAUUAUUCGUUCCCACCUGGAUAACUUAUACCAGAUGAUGCUUGAGCAGAAUCUUACGCGCAUUAUUGAACCGUAUUCCCGUGUGCAGAUCGAUCAUAUUUCAAAACUUAUCAAUUUGGACCAGCAAAUUGUGGAGAAGAAGCUCUCGCAGAUGAUUCUGGAUAAAGUCCUGCCGGGUAUUUUGGAUCAGGGACAAGGUGUGAUCGUUUUGUAUGAAGAUAAUCCCGUCGAUAAAACAUACGAAGCGGCCUUGGGAAGUGUCGGACACUUCAAUAAAGCGCUCGAUCAGCUCUUCCAGCGAGCAAAGAAAUUGUCGUAAUCUUUGAUCUUCUCCGUUACAACUAUGCAAUUAAAGUUAUGAUCACGUUUUGUACCUUUACUAGGCAGCGGUACUCUGUCUGAUACACUCUGUCUGAUGCUACCAUUGUUUACUGUUCUUAAUGUGCUUAAUUACAAUUGAUUAAACUGAAUCGAAAGCUGA